GUCUCUGUGUGUGUGUGUCAGUGUUCAGGAGGAGCGGCGUUCGUCUCUCACCGUCGUCAUGGCCUCGAUAUCGGAGUGGUACGCAGGGAAGAACGUGCUGAUCACCGGAGCCACGGGCUUCAUGGGGAAGGUGCUGGUGGAGAAGCUGCUGCGCUCCUGUCCCGACGUCAACGCCCUCUACAUCCUCGUCCGGCCCAAAGCCGGUCAGUCCAUGUCCGAGCGCGUGCAGGACAUGAUGAAGUGUAAGCUGUUUGACCGCGUGCGUGAAGAUAAUCCUGACUUUCAUCAGAAGAUCAUCCCCAUCAGCAGCGAGCUCAUGCAGCCCGGCCUGGCCAUCAGUCCAGAGGAUGUACAAACACUCACUUCCUGUAUUAACAUCGUCUUCCACUGCGCCGCCACCAUCCGCUUCGACGAGCCCCUGAAGCAUGCUCUGCAGCUGAACGUCAUCGCCACGCAGCAGCUCCUCUCUCUGGCGCAGCAGAUGCAGCAACUGCAGGCCUUCAUCCACAUCUCCACCGCCUACGCCAACUGCAACCGCAGACACAUCGACGAGGUCAUCUACCCUCCUCCGGUCGAGCCCAAGAAGCUCAUUGACUCUCUGGAGUGGAUGGACGACAAACUGGUCUCCUUAAUGACACCAAAGCUGUUAGGUGAGCGGCCUAACACAUACACGUACACUAAAGCUUUGGCAGAACAGCUCGUCCAGCAGGAGUGUGGAAACCUCAACGUCGCCAUCGUCAGGCCCUCAAUUGUAGGAGCCAGCUGGAAGGAGCCGUUCCCCGGCUGGAUUGAUAAUUUCAAUGGGCCGAGUGGGAUAUUCAUCGCUGCAGGAAAGGGGAUUCUGCGAACAAUGAGGGCUUCAAAUAACGCUGUCGCUGACCUGGUGCCAGUCGAUGUGGUCAUCAACACCACUUUGGCCGCUGCCUGGUAUUCCGGUUCCCAGAGACAUGCCAGGCCGAGAAGCAUGCUGGUGUACAACUGCACCACUGGAGGGAUCAAUCCAUUUCACUGGGGUGAAGUUGAGUACCAUGUUAUAUCCACUUUCAAGAGGAACCCCCUCGAGCAGGCCUUCAGGCGGCCUAAUGUAAAUCUCACAACCAAUCACCUUAUCAAUCAGUACUGGAUUGCUGUAAGCCACAAGGCGCCAGCAUUCCUAUAUGAUCUCUUCCUCAGGAUGUCAGGAAGAGAGCCCAGGAUGAUGAAGACAAUCACUCGGUUGCACAAGGCCAUGAUGGUGCUAGAGUACUUCACGAGCCACUCGUGGGUGUGGAACACAGACAACGUCACCAUGCUCAUGAACCAGAUGGGAUCUGAAGACAAGAAGGUAUUUAACAUUGACGUCAGGCAGCUGCACUGGGCAGAAUACAUGGAGAAUUACUGCAUGGGCACUAAGAAGUAUGUUCUCAAUGAAGAGUUGUCAGGACUUCCAGCGGCGCGCAAACAUUUAAACAAGCUGCGGAACAUCCGCUACACUUUUAACACCAUCUUGGUAGUCUUAAUCUGGCGCAUUUUCAUCGCCCGUUCGCAGAUGGCCAGAAACAUCUGGUACUUCGUCGUCAGCUUGUGCUUCAAGUUCCUCUCCUAUUUCAGAGCCUCCAGCACCAUGAGAUACUGAGUCCGCCUCAGUGUCCUUUCCCACCCCUCUCUCCCGACUGCUAUGCACACACUUCUGCUUUGCGAUACUCCAGACUCCGAGGGUCAAGAGUACAGGCAUAGUAUCCGCUAUCCUCCCUUCCUGCGCAAAUGCACCCACAACAUCGCCGGGUGCAAGUGCACUCAACUGCUAUGUAGAAAGCAUGAAUUUUCAGGGCUCGAGGUCUGCGAAGCUCUCUUAGCACGAGAGCGGCCGCGUUCGUGCCGAGCGCGUUUGAGCACUUACUGUACCUGUUCCACCUCCUGAACGCAAACAGGUCGUGGGCGACUCUUUAUUAUUACGGUUUACAUACCUGCUCGUACUUGUUAGCGGCAUUGGCCCAUUUCCAGCUGUAAUCAACGAAGCACAAGAAAAAUAAAACGAGAGAUAGCUUUGUCUCAGCUCUGUGCCUACAAUUCAAAAAUUACCUUCAUCACGUGCCCGACGUCUCUGUUCGAUUCAUGUCUUUUGCCUUACAA